AUGUUUUCUACUCGUGUAUGGUCACUGCGCCUCGAGAGCGUAGCAGCUUCCGGCAAAUUUCUCGACAAGUUGAUCAACAACAGUCGAAAGCCAGUACCAGAAGUUCUGUUGGAUGAACAAGACAGAAUCGAUGAUAAGUGUGUAAAUGAUAUGGAAAAAAUAACCAAAGAUGCUGAUGAGAUCUAUGUUCAAACUCAAAUUUCUGCCCAGACACUUCUAGAGGAUAUUGAAAGUGUGAUGAUGCAGCAACCAACUACUCGCCACAGCACCGCAUUUGUGACUCCCUCAGACGCAUUACUGAAGCGGCUACUGCCUAGAGGAAACCUUGCAUCAUCUGCGAGUAUUUUUCCACGUCCUUCUCAUCCCUUCUUUACUCACCAAUUCGAAUUCAACGGGUCCCUUGCACAAACGCUCUCAUCCGAGAUUAAGAGUACAACUGAACUUGUAACGAAUGUGGAAUCCCUUACCAAAACGUCCCGGGGCUUAUACGAUGCUGUCAGUCGGGUGAAAUCGUUGAACGAAGCUGUCUCAUCACUGAUACUCACUUUGCAAUUCAUCACCGAUCGUUUGAAAAAUGUUACUGCAUCGAACGAAGUCGAUGGCACACCUCCUACUCUCAUGGCGAAUGAGUGCUUGGAUCCCAUUCAUCAUUCCGUCUUCAUCGCACUCCUCCUCUUCCUGUUACACGAACAUGCAAAAAACAGAUCAUUCCGCCUCGGAGUUAGUCCGUCGAUUUCUAGAUGUGAACUUUCCACAUGUGGACUAGGAAUUCAAGCAAACACAUCUACUCAACUUUUGCGGCUAACAACCGUUCGCGAGCGACGGCAGCAUUUGAAUGAAAAUACGAUCGGACGUGUGGCGCAGAUUGCGCGAAACAGGAGGAUUCGGACUACAGUGCAUGCGACAUUGGGUGACUUCCCGCUGCAAUUAUUCUGCAGUUAA